AUGUCUGGGCUCACUACCCCGAUAGACUCGUUACCCAACGAGAUCCUGAUCGCGAUCCUGUCCUCGUUCGAGUCCCGCGCCCUGCUCCCCAUGACCCUCGUCGACCGCCGCUUCAAUGCCACAGCCACCACCAUCCUACAGCACCGUCUGCUCCACACCGCCGAGAUGAAAGGCCACGAGAUGAUGCUCGAGAGCUACCACCCAAGCGCCAAGCUGACCACCCCCUCCAUGUCGUGUCGCUUCCUGGGAGUCGACUUCCUCGACAACCGCACAUGGUCCGGCGACGACGACUUGGACCUGGGUGAUCUCUCGCAGCUCUACUCGCACUUCCGCCCGGUGGUGUCGGAGGAAACCCGGCGCAUGCGGAGGAUCUACACCCGCCGCGUGCCCGGCGCCGAGGCCCCGCAGGAAGACGCCGGCGACGAGCCAGUCACCCAAGAGCUCUGUCUGGACGAGGGCGAGCCCUUCACCCAGCUCUGCACAACAACCAGCUUGGUCAAGACUGGCCCGAGACCCGGCGUCUUCGCGAGCCACAGCAACAUCGAAGACGGUGUGGUGCGUGUCUGGAGGCAUUGGCUCGAGCGCAUGGCGGCCAAGUGCGCCAUCGCACCGGAGCAGCGGGACCAGAGCACGAUCUUGUGGGCCGAUGCCACCAAGAACGUAGGACUGCGCUUCCGCGUAACACAGGUCGCACAGGAGCAGGCGCCCAUCCUCCACUCGAGAGACGAGGAUCCGCCUGUGACCUAUUCUCUUCGCUACGAAGGUGAGCUCCCACGACUCAAGCCGUCACAUGUGAGAGAAGCAAAGCAGCUGACAAUGACAUCAGAGUUGCUGGUUCGCACAAGCCAAGUGUUGCUGGCCAUGGAGAAGUCAGCAGUGCAGGAGAUUGUCGACUCAGGUAAAGCAAUCGUCAUAGCUUCUUAUUGA